AUGGGCACCAAAAAAAUCCCUCGCGAGCAUCCCCGCAAGCUCAACAUCCUCCAUAUGCUCCGUCCCACGCUUGCGCUCCUCCACGACAUCCACGACACUCUCAAGAAUCUGCGGUGUCCUGCAGCCGAGCAUACCCGUGGUGAGCACGAGGAGCCGUGCAGAGGUCAGGUCGCGCUUGCGCAGGCGAGCGACUCCGUGCGCGGGAUGGCAAAGAGCUGGAGAUUUUGGAUGGCGAGCCCCGCGCCGACGCAGGCCAUGUUCGACAGAAUCCGCACUGCGCCCGCCGACCUCGGACUCACGGACGUGUACAAUGGCUUGCAGGCUCUGGAGGAACCAGCUGCAAUACGCACGCAGCCUCCCAUGGAGGCUGAGAUGGUCAUCCUUGCGACAAAUCGACAUGUUAGCGGCAAUGUUUGGGAAGAGGAGGAAGGGAUGUACGAGCUGCAGUCGACGCCGUCGAUGAUCGCGGCACGCAUGGCACCGCCCGUGUAG